AUGAGUGCUAGUACUACAAAAAAGAAGUUGAACAUAAAUUCUCAACCUUUUAAUAUUGAAUAACCUGAAAAGUAACCUCAUCAUUCUCUUGUACAUACAUCAAAGCCUUAUCAACCUAAAAAUGAAAUUCAAGAAUAUUUCUCAUAAAAGAGUUAUACUCCUAUUGAUGAGCUGGCUCCUGACUUCAACUAUCAUAAGUCCACUUAGCAUUAAUAAGAACCUGCUUAAGUCGUCAACUAAAAUCAAGGACCCAAAGAAAAAAAAAAACUUAGAAAGACACAUUAUGAAUUUUAAGUCGACCCUAAUUUAGCAGAGAAGAUUGAUUAAAAAAGCAAGGAGGAAUUGGAAUUGCAGAAACUAGAAGAAUAAAGAAAAAUAGAGGAGGAGAAAUUAAAAUUAGAAUAAGAAGAGCUUCGAAGAUAAGAAGAGUUAAUCAAGUUGGAAGAGUUAAGAAAAUAAGAAGAAGAGAAUUAUCAACCAAGACCAUACACAAAAGAGUAGCUUGAAUCCAUGUUUGCAAACAUGAAUGAUUUUUAAUAUUUUGAAAGUGACAUUAAUUGGAUCAAAAUCAAGGAUAGAAAACAUUUUGAUUAUAAAGAAUUCAAAAGGUACGAACAAAGAAAAGACAGCAAAAUCCCAACUCAAAAGAAGGAUACCAAAACAGAAAUCCAAUUGGAUAGACAACCAGUACAAUAGAAUGAGCCCCCUUAAAAAUUUCCUAAAAGAGCCCAAAUCUCUAUCUAAGAAUAACUCUGGAAGGAUAAAUUGAAAUAAGAAGCUUAUGCUUGGUCUUAGAUUCUUGACACCACUCCUGAAUAAAAGAAAGCCAUCGAAAAGGAUCUCAAAUAUAGGUUGAAUCAAUUGGCUCCAGAUAAUGAAGGCCAAGUUUCCAAAUAUAUUAUUGAAACCAUUGAAUAAAAUUAAGAUUUCAUCGACUUUUUGACUGAAAAAAUAAUUGAAAAAGCCCAGAUCGAACCUAAGUACAGAGGACUGUAUAUCAAUUUAUGUUCCAAAUUGGCUACUCUACCCUCUUUGUAAUUGAAGGUGCAAGAUAAAAAUGGCAAGACCAAACAACAGUCCAAAUUCAAAGCCUCUCUUUUGAAUAGAGUCUAGAAAAUGUUCAACAGUAGAAAGACAAUGGAUUACGACACCUCUAAACUGAAACAAGAAGAAAAGAUAUAGUUCCACAUGAUUAGAAAGAGGAAGAUUAUGGGAAAUGUUAGAUUUAUUGGUGGAUUAUAUUUAACUUCAUUAUUACCUAUACAAGCCUUAUCCAGUGUAUUGUCAGAAUUGAUGGGAGAAUACCUUAUUGGUUAUGUUCCCAAAGAAGAUACUGCUGAUGAGUCUUUAGAAGGAUUGAUUGAACUUAUAGAUCAAAUUGGUCAAAGUUUUAAUUAAAAUGAAAGGAUAGUUGAUGAAGCAUUUAUUAACAAAAUUGGGUAGAUUCUGAAUGGAUAGAAAAAGUCACUUGAUCAGAUUGAAGGCCUAUUUAGAGAUAUAAAAAAAUAGACAGUUUUAGAUUUGAUGUAGAAAGUCUUUGAGAAACUUUUGGAGAAUUAUCAUUUUUCUUAAAGAAUUAGAUUGCUCAUUGAAAAUUUAUUGGAUAAAAUUAAAAAAGGCUGGCAAGGAUCAUAUGCUAAAAAGGAAGAACUGGCAGAAAGCGCCUAAAAAAAUAAUGAACAAGAAGAAGAUGAUCCUUUGGAACUGUAAUUGAGAGAGGCUAGACAAAACUCUGCAAAGAAGGAGAAUUCUUCUAAUGAGCUGGAUUAGAAAAUAAGAGCAAAAGAUAUAGCCAUGUUUGUGAGCAGCUCAUUUUAAUUUGACCCAGUUGAUUAGAUGGAUAAAUUAAGAGGUUAGUUGAAGUAUAUCAAACUUGAAGCCCCUGAAUUAAUGAUAGUCUUCUUUGAAACUUUCUUUUAGAACAUGUUAGCUUCAAAAUAAGUCAAACAGAAUAUUGAGAGAGCUCAAUUAGUAUUCGAUUUAUUAGUUAUGGAAGAAGCAGAUGAAGAAGUAGUUUCAAAGGCACUUCAAUAUAUCUUGGAUGAAGAUCUAGUCUAUAACAUCAGUGAAUCUAAAACAUCUUGGAAAUUAAUUACCAAUAUAUUGUCUUACUUUAUUCUUGAAUAAAAUUGGAAUGCCUUGAAGAAGCUUUAUCUAAAGCCCCUUCUUGAUAUCGAAGAGUUCAAUGAAUUUUUGAUUAGAGUAGGAAAUCAACUAAUCAUCUAAAUCCCAGAUUAAUCAGGUAGAGAGUUGAUUGUCAAGUAUUUUAAUAUGCUCAAAUAAGAUCUGAGCACUUAAUUAAAUUUUGAUUGA